AUGAGCAGCAUCGAGGAAGUUGUUAGUCUCAUCGAGACACUAUACUCGCCAAACCCAACCAUCGAUGUUAAUCAAAUUCAACAAAACUUACAAGCCAUACAAAAAUCGAAUGAUGGUAUCCACUUAGCAAAUCAGCUAUUAACUGGCACAUCUUAUAGCAGUAAUGUGAAGUAUUUUGGUGCCCUUACCUUGACUGUCCAACUAAAUCUAAAUGCGGAGUCUUUCGAUACUUUCUGGAGACUUUUCAGCAGUAACUUGGUCCAUUUGGUUAGAUUAUGUGGUAUAUAUACAAGUGACACCCGCACAAAUGCAUCAUUGAUGAUUGCUAUUAAGAAAUUAAUGUCCAAUUUGUCCUUAAUCUUUAUUACUAUUAAUGAGACUGAACAUAUUACACAGGACGACAAUGAGCGAAUUAUUAAACAAUGGAAUAAUCCGAUUAAUACAUUCAUUAGGUUAUUUUCCGAAUAUAGCUCAAACCCAGCAUUAGCCACUAACUGGACUAAUCUGGAAGAUCCUAUGAUAGUCCAAUUGUUGCAACAAUCUAUUAAUUGUGAUGUCUCGUACGAUGAUCUUUUAAAAUUUGUUGCAACAUCUCAAACGUUUAACGAAUUAUCAUUAACCUUUACAGAGAUUAUUAUUGAAGAUCUAACAAAAUAUCAAUCCAAAAAACAUAAUGUAACAAGAAUUCACCAAAUAGUGCAUGAACAUCUAUAUAUUUCCACCAUGGCAUUGUUAAACAUCAAUAUUACUUUACAAUUAAAUCACAUGUAUAACAUUACAAAGUUGCAACUCAAUGACAUUGUAUUCAAAUGUACCUCUGCUUGGAUCAAUUAUAUAUCUAUGACAAGACAUAUGUCUUCAGGUGGAUCCAUGAAUUUGUCAGAAAUCUUUCAAAACUUAAUGAACUUAAUGUGUCAAUCAUCAGAACAAACAGAUAAUUUUUAUAUUGCUGAGAAAAUAUUAUCCAUUUUUGGUAAUGUAUUUGCUAAUGAUCCAACAAUUAUGGGCUUUGAUUUAAGACAACAGAUAGAGGUCAUCUUCUUGGGGAUCUCACGUGCCUCUAAUGCAAACAUCGAUACCUCUAAGAAUGCAUGGAUGUUACAAUAUAUGAAUUAUUUAGUGACCAACGAAAUGACCGAUGAGUUGAAAGAAUUGGCCAUCUGUAUUGUCGAUUAUUUACAAAUCAGUAAUUUAGAUGUUUGUAAUAAAUUAUUCACUUCUGUUCAUUCAAACGAUACUAAUAUAUCUCAAGAAUAUAUUAAAGUUUUACUUCAAAUGACAAAUUUUCCAUUAAUUCCUGUUCAGCAAGAAUUCUUUUCUGUAAGAAUGGUUGAUUUUUGGGCCGACUUGGCUGAUUCUUAUAUUAAUCUACCAAAUGAGGCAUUGUUACCCAACUCUACUCAAAUUGGUAUUGAUAUUUUCCAACAAGUCAUUAACAUCUACUUACCCAAAAUUUCAUUACAAAAUAAACAAACGAUUAUUGAAGAAGAUCCCCAAGAUGAAUCAGCUGUUCAUGAAUUUGAUGAUUUCAGAAGUGCAGUAAUAGAAUUAAGUCAGAACUUAUGGAGCAUCUUAGGCAAUGAACAUCUAACGAAUAUGCUUGUUGGAGGAAUUGGUUCAUCUGAUGCUUCUACCCUACCUGAAGAUGGUAAGAUGGCUGUGUUUUACCAAAUUGAAGCUAUGGCAUUUAUUGCCAAUGCUUUAAUGUCUGACAUGAACCUUUCAGAAAGCCCAUGGAUUUUGAACAUAUUACGCAAGAAUCCAUUUUUUAUGCGAAACAUUCUGCUCUUAUUCCAGGUUAGUAUCCAAAUGUCAGUAACAGAUAAAACUGUAGGUAUGUUAAAAAUAAAUAUGAUUCGUUCUAGUUCUAAAAUGAUAGGCACUUUAGCUGGAUACUUAACAAGCAAUGAAUCGGACUUAAGUCAAUGUAUUCAAACUCUUUUCCAAGGUUUGGAAUCUUGUUCUGGAGAUCAAUCAUCUAGUAGAGAAAUAAACGAUACGGUAGAAGUUAUGAUUAUAAAAACAAUAUCGAUUAUAUGUGACAUUUGUCGCCAACAACUGUCAGGACAGUAUUUGGAUCAUUUCAUUGGUGUACUUUCUUCAUUACUACAACCAACAGCCACAGUUUCCAGUUUCACCAGAAGUACUUUGACCAAAUCCGUUGGUUACAUUAUUGAAUGUCGUGUUCAAAAUGGACCAGAAGAACAAGGUAAAUAUAUUGUUCAGAUUCUAAAUAUGAUUGAGGAUUUAAUCGACCAGUGUUUGGAUUCUCCAGCUAAUGUUCAACACGAACGUAAGGAUUAUGUCUUAAAUUUAUUAGGUUGUAUAUCUGAAUUUGGAUCCUCAAUGAUUCACGACGAGGACUAUGAAUCCCCAGCAUUGAUCCAGCAACUACAACAGUAUCAUGAAUUUUGGAAAAAUGACCCAUUCCAAUGUCGUGGGAAAUUAUUGGUGCUCCUCGAAAAAAUAUUAUCAAGUCCAGUAUAUAAUAAGGAUUCUGGUUUUGUAGAGGUAUGCUGCCUGAUCCUGGGUAAGGCACUGACUCUACCAGACCAGGAUCCUCACUUCUUGAGGUAUUCGAUGUCUGAUAUAACGAACGUGAUGUUGAAAUAUGUUCAGGUUGUCGAGCUAUCAACAUCGCUCCCUUUCUUUAUUUAUUUGCUAGAAAGGCUUGUCAUUCAAUUCAAAACACAACUUAGUAUCGAUGAAUUUGAUUACUUGUUCAAUGAGUUGUUCAUUAAAUAUUACGAUACUUUGAUUGGGAGAGAUCCCGAUCUACUACAAAUGAUGAUAAAUUUUGUGAUAACUGUUCUUGAUAAAGCGCCACAUUUGGUUAUCAACAGUAAAUGUUUACCGGUAUUUAUCAUUCCACAAUGUUUAAAACUGUUACCAUCUAAUGAAAAGUUUACUAUUGUCGCAGUUACUAAAUUCUGGACUAAAUUUAUUAAUAAUAGAAGGUAUUCCCAAGCAGACCUUACUGGGAUGCAAGCUCUUAUUAUGGCACAUGGUCAAGAACUAGUAUAUCAAACAAUGUAUGGUCUGUAUCAUACUCAGAGAUCUGACCUGAAUUCCUAUACUGAUCUAAUCAGAGGACUGGUAGCUAAAUUUCCAAUGGAGACUAAAGGAUGGCUUGUUAGUGCUUUACCACAGAUAUGUGAUAAACCUUCAAUUCAUGAAAAAUUCGUUAAUAGAUUGUUCGUUACAAGAGGAAGUCGAGCGGCUGCAAAUGUUAUUCUAACGUGGUGGUUGGAAUGUACAUCUUUGCCCUCAUACUAA